ACGUGAUGAAUCUCCUGCGAGAGCAGAGCCGGACCAGGCCCAUCUCCCCGAAGGAGAUCGAGCGGAUGGUCAGUAUCAUCCACCGCAAGUUCAGCUCCAUCCAGAUGCAGCUCAAGCAGAGCACGUGUGAGGCGGUCAUGAUCCUGCGUUCCCGGUUCCUGGAUGCGCGGCGGAAGAGACGGAAUUUCAACAAGCAAGCUACGGAAAUCCUGAAUGAAUAUUUCUAUUCCCAUCUCAGCAACCCUUACCCCAGUGAGGAAGCCAAAGAGGAGUUAGCCAAGAAGUGUGGCAUCACAGUCUCCCAGGUAUCAAACUGGUUUGGAAAUAAGCGAAUCCGGUACAAGAAGAACAUAGGUUCUUCCAGUUCUUUUAACAUGUCAAACUCUGGAGAUUUGUUCAUGAGCGUGCAGUCACUCAAUGGGGAUUCUUACCAAGGGGCCCAGGUUGGAGCCAACGUGCAAUCACAGGUGGAUACCCUUCGCCAUGUUAUCAGCCAGACAGGAGGAUACAGUGACGGACUCGCAGCCAGUCAGAUGUACAGUCCGCAGGGCAUCAGUGCUAAUGGAGGUUGGCAGGAUGCUACUACCCCUUCAUCAGUGACCUCCCCUACAGAAGGCCCUGGCAGUGUUCACUCUGAUACCUCCAACUGAUCUCCCCGCAGUCGCAUCCCGGCUGACCCUGUGCCCCAGUCGGGGCAGGGGCAGGAGGGAGGGUUGCUCUCCCAACGCUGAAGCGGUCAGACUGGAGGUCGAAGCAAUCAGCAAACACAAUAAGAGUCUCCUCCUCUUCUCUUCUUUGGGAUGCUAUUUCAGCCAAUCUGGACACUUCUUUAUACUCUCUCGCCCCACCUCCUCCCCCUCCCCCAUUUUUUUCUGGGUAGAAGCCACCCCUCCCCUGUCUCCAGCUCUGAGCCUGGUUUCGACAUCUUCCCCACCCCUUUCCCUUGGCCCUAGACUUCCUGGGUCCCUGCCCUCUCUUACAUAACGGAAGGAUAUUUUCAACAGUUAGAGGAAUUUAAAAAGGAAAAACCAUGACAACGGAAAUAAUAAACGUGUUUGUAUGU